CGUUGAAACAUAGUAGUGAAAUACAGUGAAAAAUGGCCGAUACAGCUACUGAAGUCGUUACCGCAGCAUCGGUUGCCGCAUCUCCAGCCAAGACACCGAAAAAGGCUCGUGCUCCUAAAGGAGAGGGUAAGAAACCGAAAAAGCCAGCCACUCAUCCACCAGUGAAUGAAAUGGUUUUAGCCGCCAUCAAGACUUUGAAGGAACGUAAUGGAUCAUCUCUUCAGGCCAUCAAGAAGUAUAUCGGUGCCAAUUACAAGUGCGACGUUGCUAAGCUCUCAACUUUCAUCAAGAAAUCUCUGAAGAGUGGUGUUGAGAAAGGUAGUCUUGUGCAAACCAAAGGAAGUGGAGCAUCGGGGUCCUUUAAAAUUAAAUCUAAGGACAAGACACCUGCGGGCGAGAAGAAACCAAAGAAAACUGCGGCUGGGAAGAAGCCUUCAGGGGAAAAGAAAGUUGCCAAAAAGGCAGCCACUCCCAAAACUGCUGCCGUCAAAAAGCCUAAGGCAGCACCAGCAAAGAAAGCGGUUGAGAAGAAGGCUAAAGCAGCCGUCGCCAAAGUUGCCAAAAAGGCUGGAACCGUGAAAAAAGCGGCCGCUCCCAAACAGAAAGCAACCAAACCAUCGAAAACAGCGGCGAAGAAGCCUAAAACUCCAAAACCGAAAAAGGCUGCACCGGCUAAGAAACCCGCUCCGAAGAAAGCCGCCGCCAAGAAGUAAAGUUCAGUCGAUUGAAAUGAUUUAAAAACAAACAGUCCUUCUCAGGACUACAAACACAUUGAAUCGAAAGAG